GUCGGUUUGAUUUGACAUGCGCAAAAUGACUUCUUGACUCUGAGUGUAGGCAGGUGACCAGCCCCUCUUUAACGGGAAGCUCUGAGUAGUGCCCCCGGUGGGCGGGACCCAACAUCGUGUUCGGCAUUUCCCCGGUUGAUGACCCCUUUGCCUGCGAGCAGUGGAGAGACACCACAAAAAGUAGGGAAAGAAUUAGUAUGACGAUGGCAAACUUGAGCCGCUUUUCCUUUCCACGUGCACUUGGCACCCUUCUUUCCUUACUCUCUGCGCAGAUCACCCAGGCAUGUACAUUGAUCCCUCCAGAUCCAGCCGUUGGUAUUACAUACGGAGUCUACUUCGAGAUCCCUGGGGAAACUGUACUGUGGGUCCUGCCUGUCGAGCCAGAGUUGGCAGUGGCAUGGGCACGACUGACUCUCAGCUCCUUUCAACCAUAUCUUCUACCCGCCUCGAUCGAGCUCUGGAGUCAGGACACUGGUGCUAAUGACAAGAUAUUGAACUCUUAUCCCGUCGGUCCAAAUCCUAUCGGCUGGGCCAUUUCCAACGUUGAAUUCAUAUAUUUAACUGUGUACUUUGUUCUGAGAGACUAUCACGGACAGAAGGCGACAAGUCCUACAUAUGUAAUCCAGGUCUGUGAGAUGCAUCUCCGCCGUUUGUUCACCUCUUCGUGCCGUUAUCUGACAAACUAUCUUUUUCUUCCCCUAGCCGGGUCCACAGAUUGGGGAUUCACUUUCCGCUUCUCCCUCGGCUUUGUCGGUUAGUAUCUUGUCCUCCAACCCUUGGUAGAGUUGGGCCGGUGUAUUGGACGCUUUGCCCAUUAGCGGAUCUCUGCAAUCUCGGAGAGCAUCGCUUCAGCCUCGUCCAAGGUCAGUUCUAAACCCACUUUGACAAAAAGUUCGAUAUGGCUUAUGCCUCAUGCCUUCGAUCUCCCAUUGCGCCCUGCAUAGUCCAAAGGUGGUUCGACCACCAGGACCACAAAUGGAUUGCGUCCAUCCACUUCUCCCU